AGAGUAGGCAGUUGCGUGUGUCGUGUCAGUUAUAUCUCGGCAGCGAGUGCCGUCAGGCGCACGGGUGUUACGACGCGCGCCGUUCGUUUCGAAUCCUCGUGCAUCUCGUCUCAUCGUUGGAACUUUGACACUGUUGCAUCAUUCGCGACGAUCAACGUGAUUACCUGAACCGACCGCAGUGUAUAUUUCAGUGUAAUCGACUGGUGUUCAAAGCGUACCUCGUUCGUUCCUCGGUCGAAUCAUGACAGUCGUUCCCUUCGGUUUCGCUUUGACGAAUUCGUCCGUGACGUCACUUCCAGCAGAAUUUCGAGUGCAGAAAACAGUCGGCCGUUCCGUGGCGAAUUCGUGCUCGAUCCCCGGGUUGAGUUCGCUCGUCGACACGUGAUACCGAGCGCAUCGUUCCGUCCGUGCGAUUUCCAGUUUGAGUGCCGUGUACAGAGACCGGUGAUUCCGAUCCGUAUGAAUAUAAUCGAUGUGCAUCUGCUAUACAUACGUGCGCGUCGGUAGUAUCGGUAGCAUGAGCGGGACACAAUUACCGGCAGGACAUCAUAAUGAAUUAUGCAGGAGAUCGAAUCACGCCUAUUCGAGAAUCAUCGACUUUACGCUCGAUCAUUCUGUGUUGCACCGUGUAGUCCGUUCCUGUCAUCGCUGACGCAAGUGCCUCGGGCUCGUUCCGCUAAAUGUAAUUUACUUUGUCUCUAUUAAUUAAUCACGUUGUCGAGGAAUAUUUCAAGAAACCCAGAAACACGAGUUACACUGGAAAAUAGAAAAAUCGUUUGAGUAGAAAGGUACGAAUCCCCAACGAAGCGAACGAUCCGAUCUAACCCCUGACUAUCGAAGCGAACAUCGGUUCGAUUUGUAUGCGAACCGCGUUGCCCUGGUUCCGGCCUGUGACUCAUACGACACACGUGCUUCGCGGAACAACAUUUCUCUCCCUCGGUUAAUAAUAACAACAGUUCCCCAGUGCGCGACACCUUCGAAUGGACGCGGGAGAAUUCGAAUUAGCGAAACCUAACCUAUUAGCGUCGCCCGGUCGCCGCCGCGAAGACUGCGCGGUCCGCGCGCUCCCCAUUCCGCGCGUCGAGAUCGAGAUGAGGCGUGAUUUCGAUAAUCGAACGGUCGCGGCGGCAGGGACAGCGGACCGUGGAUUUUUCGAACGUCGACAGUGAUAUCAGUGGAGGUGUCGAGGAGAGAGGAGGAGCCGGAGAGUUCCGGGAAGGAUUGCGGUGAAAAGAAAACUCGGAUAAUCGUCAUGGCUUACGUGCUCUGGCGUGUCUUCAUGAAGAGGUACUCGAAGGUGCGGCUGGGCAUCAGGAAUCUGCCGGUGAUACCGGCCGAGCGUCGGGGACCAGAGAAGGAAGAGACCUGGACUCUAGCCCCGGAGCCGCACGACCCCUUCUACGACGAGCUGUCCGACGCGAAACCCAAAGGACCCCAGGACGCGGAGUCCUCGAAGAUCCCGGAGCCACCGGCCGACGCCGGUGAGCCCUCGGAAACCGGCACCCUCCCCCGCAACCAGGAGUCCCGGAAGAGCAAGACGAAGAAGGUGAAAAGUUACCUGAGAAAGUGCAAAGGCGCUCUCUCGAAAGGGGACGAGGCGUCCUCGGAGAAGAAGCGGCAGGAGCACUGCACCUCCUGGUACCUGGAAGAAUCUCAGUCCCCUUUCCCCGAGGAAACAGCAGUCAUAUGCGAGAAGCAGCAGGAAUCUUCAACGGAGAGGAUCACCGAAGUCGACGAAGUCGGCACGGUCGCGGAGGAGGACAAUGUUACAUCCACCGCGAACCCCUCUAAAAACAACGAGGACACCGACACUCCGGACGAAGCCCUGUCGAGGCUGCUCGACGAAGAUCGGAAGAACGAUCUGAGAAGAAGCAGAUCCUCCCUGUACGAGGACGCGAGGGACUGCGAGCAAAUCAACGUCAGCGCCGCCGGCAAGGCGGAAGACGAGGGGAACGGCGCGAUUUCUCUGGAGACGCUGACCACGGAGGACACGAACCUGAACAAGUGCGACUCGAGCGACACUCUGAUAGCCGAGGGUGGUUGCUCGACGGUGUACGGCGAGCAAGGAGACGACGAGGAGGCGGGCAACGAUGAAACCCAGCUGGCGCUGUCCCUGCUCGGGGGCCGCGGAGACGUCGCCUCGUUGGUCCGGAACUUGCUUGGCCCGAUUUACGGCGAUGGCGUUAUCAAUCUGCUGAUACGACAGGCCCGGGACAUCCUGGUCUGCGCUUAUCACGGCAACUUGGAGAACUUCCUCAGGACUUAUCUCUCACCGGCCGCUUCGCUGAUCGCGGAAGUGAAGACCGUCGCCUCCGAAACGGGGAACGAAUCCGUGGUACCGGAAGGCUGGCCUCUGACGUUAGGCAGACGUGGCCUCAUCCUGCAACUAGGAGAGCUAGAAGCCUCCGCACUACGUCUCGGGGAAUGUUACCUCUGCAUACGCAGCGCAGCUGCAGUUGCAACCACCUCGGGGAGCGGCGAAGCGGCCGCUGGUGAAACCGUCGAGCGGAAUACCGUCGAGAUCGCAGUAGUUUGGAGAACGACGUCGAUGAGGGCCCCAGGGUUCCUCGGUUGGGACCGCGAGGAGGAGUUCAUGGACUGGCGGGAGGUGUCUCGCAAAGGGCAAGGCAGUUCAGCCGGCGGUGGCGGCGGCGCAGGCAUACCCGGACCCCAAUCCUCGAGCACCGCGAAAGGCACGCGUCCGCGCCGGAGGUCGCGCGAGGAGACGCGCUCGAGGACCCGCGAGCUGCUAUCGGCCGAGCAUCGCCGCGACGAGACCCGCUCGAUCGACAGGUUGGAGUGCAAGAGCUCGAAUGAGAGCCGCGCGAUCGACGGUGACGCGGAGGCGGGUCACGCGGUGAUGAAGUCCAGGUCGACGUCGAGCGUGAACACGUGGAAGCCGGAGCUGAGCGAGGACUCGGACGCGGCGGAGACCCGGUUCGGCCCGAACAGCAACAACAACAACACGUCUAGUCUGUCCAGCGACGAGAACCGCGCCAGGGUGAAGAGGUGCGCGAAGGUUGUCUCGUCCUCGACGAUGGAGAAGUGGAAGGAGACGGCCAGGUGCGAGACCAGGAGCAAGGCCCUGGUGCCCGAGGACCUGAAGACGCCCCUGAGACUGGACAAGGCGGUCCUCGAGCAGAAGAAGAAAGGGCACGCCGCCAACGACGCGGAGGAUAGACUGCACAACACGAGGAACAUCGACGACGUCACCGACGACGAUCUGCCGGCCUUCAUCGGGAACCUGUUGAUCUCCGUCGAGAGGAAAAUCGAGAGGGUCUCCCUCGACGACCUGACGUUCCCCUGUCCAGCCUGCAGGAACAUAGACACCGACGAUCCUCUGCUGGGCUGCAGGUGCGCCGGAAACAGUUGCGGCUGCGGCACCGGCGAGGACUCCUGCGACUGUGCCUCGUCCUCGAAGAGGAAGGAACAGUCGGCGAGGAGUUUCGAGGUGGCUGGGAUUAAGCAUAUUGACAGCGACGACGAAGAGGAGGUGCGGAUGGGAUUCGGAACGAAAAAGAGAGCCGACGACGUGGUAGCGCCCAGGACCAUUCACGACGUACCGGAACACGUUCUCACGUGUGGCCUCACGCUUCCUGGGCACGCGGACGUGGACGGCAGACCUGUUCUCGAGUUCGAGGACGUGCCCGCUGCCAGGGAGGCCCUCUGCGCCAAGGAUGUGUCAUCGUUUCUCCUCUACCUCGCCCGUUUACACAGCGCGGACCAAACGAAGAACGGAUUCACCCUGCUCGCACGCAACACCUCCGCCGAGUGUCUCGAGUUCCUGGACAAGGUCCUGGCCCUUCUCAAGGACCGAGUGAACGUUUCGCAAGCGUUGCUGCUGCAAAGCACCGUCGGCGACGGUUCAGCGGACCCCCAGUUACCUUUGAGCCGCGUCAAGACGACCGUCGUGGACCACAACGCGCUGUGCAAACACAUACCGAGGCGGGAGGAGAACCACGACCAGGCACUGUGGAUCGCGUUCUAUAAGGAGUACGACGGCCUGAUGACAGAAUGGCAGUCGACCGGUCGCCGGCUGGCCCUGGAGAUGUCCGAGCUGAAGGAAUGCAGCAGCCUAUCCGGCACGUUGACGCCUCUCGGCCGGCUGCUCACGGACCCCACGUUGAGGCGAACGUCCAGAGACGCCGAGGAGGCGAUCGCCUCGCUGGAGGAACGCGCGUCGCCUCUCCUCCACCUCGAGCACGUUAGAUUGUCGGUGAAACGGGCACGGGGAUUGGUGGAGGAGGUCGGGAACGCCGCCACCAGGCUCGAAUCCUCGUUCGAGUCGCGACGCGCGACUAUACGCAACCUCGCGGUUCUUAGAAGCAUCGAGGACCAGGCGCACGAGGUGUUGUCCUGGCUCUGCAAGAAGGGCGAGGACAUCCUGACCAAGCACGCGCAGCACUCGGCGACGAACCUGACCACGGCACGGCUUAACGAGAGGGAAUUCGAGAAGUUCUACUUCACGUCGAUGAGACAUCUUGACAAAGGCAGCGAUCUAGCCGAGGCGGCGAGCGCGAGCGGUCUUCGCGAGCUCGCCAGAUCCUUGAAGCAACACCUCCGAGGAUUCGGUUCCCGCCUGGAGGACAGGCGCGAGUAUCUGGAGGACACGUCGAGAUGUUGCCUGCUACAAGACCGGGCAUACGAGUGGGCCCAGGAGGCUCGUCUCGCUGGCGAAAGGAGGGCCCAGCAGUUCCUGAUGGCCAGACCACCCCUGCCGCCCGAGCAUUUCACGGAAAUGAUGGCGCUCGCAGAGAAGCUCGGUAACGAGAUCCUUCUGGAACAAUGCCGCAUCGCCAGGAACAAGUGCGCGGAAGCCCUCGAGAUGGCGAGGACGUCUUCCGCACCGGGCAGCCCGGCGAGGAGAAGGUCCUUCGCCGCAUCGGAGUCUGCUACCUCCUGGGAGGACACUCUCGCCAAGAUGCGAAAGAACAGUCCCUAUGAAAUACCCGAUUCACCAGGAACUUCGUGGGAUGACAGCGACAGCAGCGCAUCGUACGCGUGCCCCAUGGAGAGCAUAGGAUCGGCGGGCAGCGGAGGACGUCCCGUUUUGGACAACAUCGCCGAGCUCCGCGAAAGCGCCGAACAACUUUUGGACUGCUCUCCGCCGCGAACGCCGCCCCGAAGCCCUGCCCCGCGACGACUGGUGAAGCCACCGGUGAACUCCCACCUCCACAGAGCGGCCAGCAUCGCCCCCGGCAUGAAGGCGAAAAAAACAAUACUGCUCAUAAUGAGGGAAAUGAUACAGACCGAACGAGACUACGUGAAGUCCCUCGAGUACAUAAUAGAGAAUUACAUACCGGAGCUGGUGCGCGAGGACAUCCCCCAGGCGCUGCGAGGGCAGCGUAACGUGAUCUUCGGCAACGUGGAGAAGAUCUACGAGUUCCAUAGUCAACACUUCCUGCGGGAACUGGAACAGUGCGAGCAGUCGCCGAUGAACGUGGGACAGUGUUUCCUCAGACACGAAAAGAAGUUUUACCUGUACGCGCUCUACAAUAAGAACAAGCCGAACUCGGAUUCUCUGAUGGCCGAGUACGGCACCACGUUCUUCAAGCAGAAGCAGCUCGAGCUGGGCGACAAAAUGGACCUGGCCAGCUACUUACUGAAGCCGGUGCAACGAAUGGGAAAGUACGCGUUGCUACUGCAGCAGCUGGUCAAGGCAGGUACCGACCUCUCCGAGCAAAUGUCCGGCAAAGAGGAAAAGGAGGAAAAGGAAGACGGUCUAAAGCCGAUGGUCGAGGGGGAGGCAGAUUUGAGGGCGGCCGAGCAGAUGGUGCGGUUCCAACUGCGCCACGGGAACGACCUGCUGGCGAUGGACUCUCUUCGAGACUGUGACGUGAACGUGAAGGAGCAGGGCAGGCUACUCCGACAAAACGAGUUCCUGGUCUGGCAGGGUAAAGGCAAGAAGUGCCUGCGACAGGUCUUCCUGUUCGAGGACCUUAUUCUCUUCAGCAAGGCGAGAAGAUUUCCCGAUAGGAAGAACCUGGACAUCUACAUCUACAAGCACAGCAUCAAAACGACGGACAUCGGGCUGACCGCGGUGAUCGCCGACUCGCCCACGAAGUUCGAGAUUUGGUUCCGCAAGAGGAAACCGAGCGACACGUACACGCUGCAAUGCGCGAGCGAGGACAUUAAGAAAGCCUGGACGGAGGAACUGAGCAACCUUUUAUGGAAGCAGGCGCUGCGAAACAGAGAAGCGCGCCUGGCGGAGAUGUCGAGCAUGGGCAUCGGAAACAAACCUUGUUUGGACAUUAGGCCUAGCGCGGAUCAGAUCAAUGACCGUUCGAUCAGUGUAGCUCAACUCUCGAAAACACCUAGAUUUAGGAAUUCGAUAGCAGUAUCGAUGUCCGAGGACUCCGGCCGCUGCAGCAGGAGGCCGCACAGCGUGAUCUCCGUCAGUUCAUCGUCGAGUAGCGGCGGCAGCAGUGGCCCGCCUACCACCUUGAACCUCGGCUUGGACACGAGUCCUCGACCUCAUCAUCGUAGCACCACGCUAAAUAGCCAAUGCAGCGUUGAAAGUGGCAUAAUAGCCGACAUUUCGAUCGUUUCGGACGACGGUGGUGACGGUACAGAGAGAAGUCAUUGGAACUCGACCCUAGAGAGUCCUACGUCCCACCUGCCAACCACGUCCACGCCUCUCCAAUCACCGACCAGCGCGACCGCAACGACAACAGUUACCUCGGCUUCUUCGUCCGACACUAAUCUCGCACCCUACGACCAAGACAUGUCCAUUAAUUUAUAAACGCAGCCCCUGAAAAGGGCCGCCCUUUAACACAGAGCAGAGUAUAUGUUCUCGAUUCACUUGCAAGUUGUCUGGCGAUGGGUUACCAGUGUGGCUCACCCGAACACGGGCGCAACGUGUCGCGGGAACGUGUACCGGUUUAGUGUAUUCAGAAGCGAGUAUUUUCUUGGGCGAUCGUAGCAGGGAAAACGUUGCCCGUGCUUCGAUUUUUAGACGAAAGUAUGGCGUCCUACGCUUACCGUGAGUUCCGUAAAUGGCCGCCGCCCGUUCCGCGAGCGAUACGAAUGAGAAAGACGGACCUCGAGGCAGGGGCACACACUACAGAGAGACAGAAACGUUCCGGGUAGCUCAACUUUCAAGUGAAUUUAUCUUUUGAUACGCUUCGAACACACACACAUACCAUACACAUACAGACACGUACGCGUGCACACGGAAAUACACAUACACACAGAACACACAUAUAGACACACACACGUGUUUCACUGAUCCACGCGAUCGCAUAGUUGU